GACCAGUCACUUGUGUUUUUUUCUCUCUGUAUUCUUGGCAAUUCGAUUCGUGGAAACAAAUCGUACUGAAAUAAGUGAGAAGUUCUUGUAAUCUGAUGAAAUUUGAACCUACUGAAGUGUAGUGAAUUUAAAUUUAUCAAAUUGUAAUGAGUCAGUGAAUCGGCUUUGAAAACUAAACCCAAAAACAACUCGGCCGUCCGGAAUGGCCGCAGAUCCAAGGAAACGAUCCCGCGAGGAGGAGGUGAACGAGUUUAUGCCCCUGUCCAAGCGGAUCAACAAUCUGCAUCUGAACAACGGCCAGCAGCACCAGGCCAUGCAGCACAUGCCACUGCUCGAGGGCCACCAGACAAACUUUCCCCAGUGUGGAGGUGGUUCGAGCAGUAGCUCCGGAAGUACGUGCCAUUCGGUUCCGUCGGGCGGAAGUUCUCCGGGCGGCGGCGUCGGCGGUCCCAGUGGGGUUGGUCCGGAAGUCGGGUUCACCGUCAACGGGGAACUGCUCGGGGACUAUUGUCCGGAUAUGGGUGAACACGAGAAUCCACACUACUUUAAUCGGAACAAGGUUCUGUACGAGUUGUACGUGGAGCGGAUGCGACGGAUGCAGUGAAGUUCUGGUUCAGCUUUAUAUCUAUUUGUAUUACUGAAUUGCAUUAUUUAUAUUACUCUUAUUAUGCCGCUGCGACAAAGUGUUUGAUUGUUUGGACUAUGGUUCGGAGGAUCCGUUUUAAAGGAUUUCUCAAAU